CGGCCCUUUGCUGGAGCCGAGCUGGGAGCUGAUUGUGAUUACCUGGCCCUCGCAGCGUGUGGUUCUUUUAUUGGCGCCGGUACACCACCCCGCCACCGACCCCCGGUGCACUCGGUCGCCCGCUCCCCCCAGGAUGUGGUCCAGUCUGAACGAGUGGCUGUGGCAGGACAGGUUCUGGCUACCACCCAACAGCUCGUGGGCUGACCUGGAGGACCGGGACGGCCUGGUCUAUGCCCACCCCCGGGACUUGCUGGCGGCCCUGCCCCUGGCGCUGGCCUUGGUGGCCGUGCGCUUCACCUUCGAGAGACUUGUCGGCCUGCCCCUGAGCCGGUGGCUGGGUGUGCGGGACAAGGCCCGGAGGCCGGCGCAGCCCAACGCCACCCUGGAGAAGCACUUCCUCGCGGGAGGACACAGGCUGCCUGAGCCUCAGAUGGCUGUCCUGGCCACCCAGUGUGGCCUCACACUGAGGCAGACCCAAUGCUGGUUCCGAAGACGCCGCAACCAAGACCGGCCUUGCCUGACCAAGAAGUUCUGUGAGGCCAGCUGGAGAUUUGUCUUCUAUCUGUGCUCCUUCUUUGGUGGCCUCUCGGUCCUCUGGCACGAGUCAUGGCUGUGGAGGCCAGUGACGUGCUGGGACAGUUACCCGAAUCAGCCCCUGAAGCCGGCCCUUUACUACUGGUACCUCCUGGAGCUGAGUUUCUACAUCUCCCUGCUGAUCACUCUGCCCUUCGACAUCAGGCGCAAGGAUUUCAGGGAGCAGGUGGUGCACCACGCCGUGACCAUCACCCUCGUCACCUUCUCCUACAGCUCGAACCUGCUGCGCAUCGGCUCUCUGGUGCUGCUGCUGCAUGACGCCGCGGACUACCUGCUGGAGGCCUGUAAGAUGUUAAACUAUGCGCAUCACUGGCGCUUGUGCAACUGGCUCUUCAUGGUCUUCUCCUUGGUCUUCUUCUACACCCGUCUGGUGCUUUUCCCCACCCAGAUCCUCUACACCACGUACUAUGAGUCCAUCGCCAACUCGGGCCCCUUCUUCGCCUAUUACUUCUUCAACUUACUCCUGGUGAUGCUGCAACUGCUGCAAGUGUUCUGGUUUUGCCUCAUCCUUCGUAUGAUCCACAGCUUCAUGAAGAAAGGCCAGAUGGAGAAGGACAUUCGCAGUGAUGAGGAGGAGUUGGACUCGAGCGAUGGGGAGAAAGCCCAGGAGCAUCCGCAGCUCAAGAACGGGGCAGCUCAGGGGCCCAGGACGGCCCCUACUGAUGGCCCUCGGAGCCGGGCAGCGGGGCGGCUGGCCAAUGGGCACACUUUGGCCACGUAGCUGGCCAAGGACUGACUGUGGGGUGGCUGCAUUGGUGGCUCUUGGGCCAGCUCUGUGGAGACAGGAGGGCCCCGGCCCCAGGGCUGGGGACGCGCCGAUGAUCUGUCUGCAGCCCCUUCCUUGGGCAUACGCGGCGGUGGGCGGCGGCAGGGUGCUGCGGCCGCCGGAGCUGCCACUGGGCUGCAGUCCAGGGACUAUGAAGAGCUCCGGGGUGAAAGGAGUCCAAUAAAACUUGAACAGAGCCAAA